AUGGAUAAAAAUAUUCUAAGUAUUGAUAUUGGAACUUCGAGUGUCAAAAUUUCAAUAGUUACCAUUCAUAAUAAUUCUUAUGAAAUUAAAUCACAAUCUAAAUGUUAUUAUGAUACUCAACGUAUACGUGCUAAUAAUCUACCGCCUAAUUAUUCACAACAAAAUGUAAAAAUAAUUUUCGAAGCAAUCGAUAAUGCUUUAAAAUCGAUAAAAUUCGAUGGUCAAAUCGAUUCGAUUACUGUUUGUGGACAGAUGCAUAGCUGUGUUCUAUGGAAUCAUCGUUUAUUUGACGAACCAUUCGAUCCACAAAACUUAAGAUUCGAUAUGAUUAGCGAUAAUUAUGAUUGGACUGAUGGACGAUGUAAUGAAGAAUUUUUGAAAACAUUACCAAAACCAGAUAGUUUUGCCGAUAAAGUUAGUUCUGGAUUUGGAUGUGCAACAUUGUUCUGGUUAAAACGUUUUAAACCAGAUUAUCUAAAUCAAUUCGAUCGAUGUGGUACAAUUAUGGAUUGGUUUGUAUGUUUAUUGUGUCGUUUGAAUAUUGUUUCAAUUAGCAUUCAUAAUGCUCAUGCAUGGGCAUAUUUAGAUCCAAUUAAACCUGGCUGGAAUUUAGACAUUCUGAAACAAGCCGAAUUCCCUGUUCAUCUAUUGCCCAAACCAGUCGAAUCGAAUGUUAUCGUUGGACAAACACAAUUUCAAUGGCAUUCGAUAAUUAAACCUGGAAUUCCAGUCUAUGUUGCGAUUGGUGAUCUACAAGCAAUGAUGUUUUUAGCAUUUAAAGAUAAUCCAGAUGCAAUAGUGUUGAACAUGAGUACAGCAGCACAGAUAUGUCGAUUACUUGUUGACAAAGAUCUAUCAUUAAAAAUACCACGAAAAUCACAACUACCCAUUCAAUCAUAUGAUUAUUAUCCAUUUAAAAAUAAUGAAUAUCUAUUGGUUGCACCAAGUCUAAACGGUGGAAAUGUAUUACAAUCGUUUAUGGGUUUUAUUCAAUCGACCGUCAAAUGUUUAACAAAUAAUGAUUUAACCAGAACAGAAAUUUGGGAAAAACUUUUUCAUCAAUUUCCAACAGAAUUUUCAAAUAAUGAUCAAUCUGAUGAAGAAAAUUUCAUAUCGAUUAAACCAACAUUGUUUGGUGAACGACAUGAUUUGAACAGUGUUUUUACGGUAAAUAUAUCCGGAGGAAAACAGCCAUCAUUAUUCAAUAUAAUCAAUUGUUUAUGUUUUGAAUUAAUACAAAAUGUAUUCAAUAUGAUGCCAAAUGUAUCGGAAACAAUUCAAAAUAAUUUCAAACAAAAAAUACAAACAAAAUUAAUAUGUACAGGUAGUGUAAUAGCUAACAAUCCAAUUCUUCAACGAUCAUUAUUGUUAGUAAUUAGAAGAAUUUUAUAUGAAAAUAAUGAAAACAAAAACAACAAUGAUAUGUUAUUAUUAUCCAACCUGUUGCAAUCAUCAUUAAUCGAUAUAGAAUAUGUUGACAAAUGUGAUGCUGAUGUUGGAUGUGCAUUGUUUAUUGUAUCGGAAUCAAAAUGAACAAAAACAAAAUGUUUUUACAGCUGUUUGUUUUUAUCGAUAAUAUCUGUACAAAUAAAACUCUUCAAUUAGAAUGCUAUAAAUAUUCGAUGAUCGAUGAUGAAUCCAACCAAACA